AUGACAAUCAGGAAUUGGGUCAUUCAGCCUGGGUUUAUCUUUACACACUCUGAGACACUCGUCAUUGCUGGUCGCACUCUUUUUGGGGCCUUGGCCUUGCUGGCCCUAGUCGCCACUGUCCUAUAUACAACUGCUUCAGAGGCCCUUGUUUCUCCAAAGCUGAAAUACGGCGAGUGGGAGACUCGGGAGCUGACAGCCGCAGUGCAUUCUUAUUACGGAAACUAUGUGGACGCGGCCGUACGCUGUACGCAUGAGUCAGAUUUCAUCCAGAAGGCAACCGAUGAUGAAGAUAAAGACUUUCGGGUUAAUGCAGCUGUGGUUUGUCUCAGCCACGAGUUUAAUUACCAGUCGACUCGUGAUUUCCUCGCAUCCCUACGAGAGGAUGACCUAGAUGCUGCAAUUGAGCAUAUGGCAAAGGUGAACAACAUCCCGAGACCGGCAGGAUAUACACUUCUUCAUGACAAUGUUACGAUGUUUGCGACACGCGUGGAUACCGAAUUCGGUGACGUUGCCGCGUCGUACGAGCGCUGGGGGAGGAUCAUUGACAAUGUGACUGUGUCUAUUCCGCACCCAGGUGUUUGGAGUGCCUCACAUUUCCCCGACAAUAAAGUCCUCCAGCCUGAGGAUUUAUCUAACACCGGUGGCUUUUCAAUCAAGGCUGCUGUCGUCUCGCCCACGCUCAACACCCUGUGUGUAAACAUGGACGAGGAUGAGCUUGCUCCUCUUGUCUAUACACAGUUUCCUCGCAGCGAAAAGGAGUCCAGUAAGAUCUCCUUUGAAGUGUGGGUUGAUGAAGAAAUGGCACAAUGGAACAACUCUACCAUUGUAGAUGAUGUGUUUAGAUGGGGUUCCAAGUAUGGGCGGCGGCGAUCCGUCUUCGAAGCUCCCUCAGAUGACUUUCGUAUCGUAUAUCAUCGGACAAGCCAUCCCCUUAACGGAACCUACGACGCUGGGUAUCUCCUUGCUCAUCGUGGGAAGCCUGGCGCCGAGUACACUCUCUGCCAGAUGCGUUCUUGGCUUUCCACUGAUUGCUCAACGCACCUUGAAGUUUCUGGCGUUGGCCAGUCGAUCAUGCGCGCUCAUUGUGGAGAUGACGACGAUGUCUAUAGAUACGAUCCUUCAGUGUCCAAAUCUCCCGAUAGGAUCGAAAUACCCGAGCUGUGGCCUGCCCGGGAAUCGCUCUGUGGUCACUAA